AAACGGCUUGCAGGAAACGACGCGCACGGCCGGUCAAGCCACCACUUCUGAUUGCAGAACGCUGAACCCCGUCGCCAUCGCCGGAUGCCCUGCCCACCCUGCCAGCCUUCUGCCGCUGCUGCUAUAAAGCUCCAAGAAGCCCGUCGCAUCUCUCGCUCACGGCCGCCGCCGCUGAUCGCGCACAUAGGUUUUCCCCCUGUCGCGUUGCUACAGCCUGCUGCUCUCUCUUCGUCGCGGUUGGUCUCCUUCGUCUCCUCUGUCUCAUCCCUUUGGCGCGUGCUCUUCACUCUCUGUUCUGUUAAUGAUCGAGCUUGAUCGAUCGCGUCAGAUCGAGCUCCAGGAGUUUCCGGCCGACGACGACGGCAUGAAGCUGGAAGCUGUGGCGGCGUCCAAGUCCGGCAGCAGCAGCAGCACGGUGGCCUUCUCAUGGGAGCAUGAGCCCGGGGUGUCCAAACAGAGACACUCGGACUCCGAGGCCAAGAAGCCCACCGCUGGCGGUGCGUCCCGCGCGGAGGCUGUAAGCAGGAGGACGCCGGCGAGCGCUAAGAAGCAAGCGCCUGCGCCUGCCGCGGCUGCGACGGCGCACCAGCACCAACACCGCCUGCGCGUGCCGCCACCUCCAGGAGGGCCGGGUGCGCCGGCCGCCUCGCCGCCGCCGGGGAGGAGAAAGCCGAGGAGCAGCCGCGGCGUCAGGCCGGCGGACGACCCGUUCCUUGCAGCCUACCUGGCCUGCACGGGGGACAGCGCCAACGGGGGCAAGAGAGUGCUUGGCUGGGCCGGGCUUGGGCUCGGCCUCGGUCUUGGGAUGCGUGGGCUCGGGCUCUCUUGCAAGAGCUCGUGUGAGGCCGUGGAGGAGUGCGUCGUCAGGCUGGCUAAGAUCCCUGGACUCGACGAGGACUGAGUCCUGCCCUAUGUUUUCCAAUCCUAUAUUCCUAUCCUUUUUUUUCUCUAUUGCUGUGACUUUUUAAUCAUUUGCUACAAAAGUCCAAAGAGACUACAAACACUGCUAGUAGUAGUAAAGUUGAACUAGUGUCCACCACCCUCAUUAUAAUUGUACACGGUACAUUAAAGUUACUGGUUACUGGUCUUAUAUCAGUGCAAGAAAUUACCCCGCUACAUGGUGCAUUGCUGGAUAUGCCUUUUUCAAGUUGUUUGGAAUUGC